AUGUCUUCAAGACCAGAUCUCAAGGUCGACGAUGAAGUCGGUUUCAUCCGCUUCUACCGCUCCCUUCCGGAGGUUGACAAUAAUGAGACAAUACGAAUUUUCGACCGGGGUGACUGGUACUCAUCACAUGGAUCAGAUGCCGAGUUCAUCGCACGCACCGUUUACAAAACUACAUCCGUCCUGCGAAAUUUAGGUCGCAGCGAGACCAGCGGACUACCCUCUGUUACCAUGAGCGUGACCGUUUUCCGAAACUUCCUUCGCGAAGCACUCUUCCGGCUCAACAAGCGCGUUGAAAUCUGGGUCUCGGCUGGCACGGGCAAGGGCAAUUGGAAGCUGGGUAAGCAGGCGAGUCCAGGAAAUCUGCAAGACGUAGAGGAUGAGCUAGGCAGUGUUGGCGCAUUGUCGAUGGAUUCUUCACCGAUUAUCCUUGCUGUCAAGAUCUCGGCGCGCGCUUCCGAGGCGAGAAAUGUUGGUGUGUGUUUUGCGGAUGCGAGCGUGCGUGAACUGGGUGUAAGCGAGUUCCUCGACAACGACAUUUAUUCAAACUUCGAAUCCUUGAUCAUUCAACUUGGUGUGAAAGAGUGCUUGGUUGUUAUGGACUCCACCAAAAAGGAUGUUGAGCUUGCCAAAAUCCGAGCCAUCGCUGAUAGCUGUGGUGUUGCGAUUUCGGAGAGACCAGCGGCAGAUUUCGGAGCGCGUGACAUUGAGCAGGAUCUCACACGGCUGUUGCGCGAUGAAAGAUCUGCGGGUACUCUUCCUCAAACAGAACUCAAGCUUGCCAUGGGAUCUGCCUCUGCGUUGAUUAAAUACCUGGGCGUCAUGACGGAUCCCACAAACUUUGGCCAGUAUCAACUCUAUCAGCACGAUCUGUCGCAGUAUAUGAAGCUCGAUGCCUCUGCAUUGCGAGCUUUGAAUCUUAUGCCUGGUCCGCGAGAUGGUUCGAAGAGUAUGAGUCUCUUUGGUUUGCUGAAUCACUGCAAGACGCCCGUCGGAAGUCGCUUAUUGGCACAGUGGCUCAAGCAGCCCUUAAUGGAACUGGCGGCUAUUGAGCAGCGACAACAGUUGGUGGAGGCUUUUGUCGUCAAUACUGAGCUGCGUCAAACAAUGCAAGAGGAGCACCUGCGCUCCAUUCCUGACCUUUACCGACUGGCCAAGCGUUUCCAACGCAAGCAGGCCAAUCUAGAGGACGUCGUUCGUGUUUACCAGGUCGCGAUUCGAUUACCUGGGUUCGUGAGAGCUUUGGAAGAUGUCAUGGAUGAAGCCUACCAGUCACCAUUGGAGACUGAGUACACCUCCAAACUACGAGGCUACUCAGACAGUCUGGCCAGACUCGAGGAAAUGGUAGAAACGACAGUCGAUCUCGCGGCGCUGGAGAACCACGAGUUUAUUAUCAAACCUGAGUUUGACGAGGGUCUUCGUGUUAUCCGCAAAAAACUGGACAAAGUCCGCUACGAGAUGGAUGUUGAGCAUCGGCGGGUCGCAAAAGACCUCAACCAGGACAUGGAGAAGAAGCUCUUCAUGGAGAACCAUCGUGUUCACGGUUGGUGUUUUCGGUUGACACGUACCGAGGCAGGCUGCAUUCGCAAUAAAAAGGGCUACCAAGAGUGCUCUACGCAGAAGAACGGUGUUUACUUCACAACAUCAACUAUGCAAUCGCUGCGUCGUGAGCAUGACCAGUUGUCUUCGAACUAUAACCGGACGCAGACUGGUCUCGUUGGUGAAGUCGUGAGUGUCGCUGCGUCCUAUUGCCCCGUUCUCGAACAGCUCGCGAGCGUGCUUGCCCACCUGGACGUUAUUGUCAGCUUCGCCCAUGCCGCAGUCCACGCACCUGCAGGAUAUGUCAGGCCGAAGAUGCACCCUCGAGGCACAGGAAAUACUGUGCUUAAGGAAGCCCGCCAUCCCUGCAUGGAAAUGCAGGAUGACAUUUCAUUUAUCACAAACGAUGUCUCACUGAUACGGGACGAGUCAUCAUUCCUCAUUAUCACCGGACCCAACAUGGGCGGUAAAUCGACAUACAUCCGGCAAAUCGGUGUUAUUGCGCUCAUGGCUCAGACCGGCUGCUUCGUUCCAUGCACAGAGGCCGAGCUCACUAUCUUUGACUGCAUCCUCGCGCGAGUUGGUGCCAGUGACUCGCAACUCAAGGGUGUCUCCACAUUCAUGGCGGAGAUGCUUGAGACGGCCAACAUUCUCAAGUCUGCCACAUCAGAGUCGCUUAUCAUCAUCGACGAGCUCGGUCGUGGAACAAGUACCUAUGACGGUUUUGGCUUGGCCUGGGCAAUCUCGGAGCAUAUCGUCACAGAAAUUCGUUGUUUCGGUCUGUUCGCUACACAUUUCCACGAAUUGACUGCUUUGGCGGAUCGCUACCCCAAUGCUGUGAAAAAUCUACACGUCGUCGCUUUCAUCGGAGACGGAUCCGAGGAUGAAGCUACCGCCGGAGUCGAGAAGAAAAAUCGCCAAGUCACGUUGUUGUACCGCGUUGAACCUGGAAUUUGCGAUCAAUCGUUCGGAAUUCAUGUUGCGGAAUUAGUUCGGUUCCCUGCAAAAGUGGUCAACAUGGCUCGUCAGAAGGCUGAAGAAUUGGAGGACUUUUCCACGGCCGAGUCUGCCGAAGAGAAACAGCAGCUCCCUUCGUUGGACAAGUAUUCUCAGGAGGAAAUGGAAGAAGGCAGUGCCCUGCUCAAGGGCAUGCUGAUGAAGUGGAAGACUGAGAUUGAAGGAAAGGAUUUGAGUUCUGAGCAAAAGCGUCAGAUAAUGCGCGAUCUCGUCGAAGCCGAUGAGAAAUUGCAAUCGAACAAGGUGUUUCAGGGAAUCAAGACCCUCUAA